GCCCACGAUUCUGCUGACUGGGCGGCCUGCCUCCUGAGCUCGCGCUUUCCAGACAAAUCCCUCUAAUGCCUCCUUUCUGCCCCAGCGUAUAUAGGCAGGGCCCGUGUCCCAGCUCCUCAGUGCGCUGCCCACAGGCCCUGCUCUGACCAUCUCCUCGCCCCGGGUGCCCACAGAGCCGCUGCCCACCAUGGAUAUCGCCAUUCAGCACCCCUGGUUCAAACGCACCCUGGGCCCCUUCUACCCCAGCCGGCUGUUCGAUCAGUUCUUCGGCGAGGGCCUCUUCGAGUAUGACCUGCUGCCCUUCCUGUCCUCCACCAUCAGCCCCUACUACCGCCAGUCCCUCUUCCGCACCGUGCUGGACUCCGGCAUCUCUGAGGUCCGAUCCGACCGGGACAAGUUUGUCAUCUUCCUGGACGUGAAGCACUUCUCUCCUGAGGACCUGACGGUGAAGGUGCAGGAGGACUUUGUGGAGAUCCACGGCAAGCACAACGAGCGGCAGGAUGACCAUGGCUACAUCUCCCGAGAGUUCCACCGCCGCUACCGCCUGCCUUCCAACGUGGACCAGUCCGCACUCUCCUGCUCCCUGUCCGCUGACGGCAUGCUGACCUUCUCUGGCCCCAAGGUCCCAUCUGGCGUGGACGCCGGCCACAGCGAGCGGGCCAUCCCCGUGUCCCGGGAGGAGAAGCCCAGCUCUGCGCCCUCGUCCUAA